AGCUGGGUGCGGGUGGGUGGAGAGUUGGUUGUCUUAGUAACCAUUUUACCUUCCUUACUUAAACAGCAGGCGCGUCCUGCGCCAAGAUGGGUUCUCGAAAGCCGGAGCCUGAUCAUCAGCGAUUUUACCAUGGGUUGCUGCGUCCGUUGUCCAUUUUCCCCCGCAGAGUGUCGCCCCCUCAGAAGCACGGCCAGCAGGCGGGGCCAAUACUGCAGUCCCUGCCGCUCGCGAAGCUGACUGUGGCGUCGCUCUGCCGCCAGGUGACCGAGCUGCUUGCCCGCAGUGGGCUCACGGCGCGGGUGUCUCCCAAGGAUCGUCUCUGUCUCACCGAGGUUAUCCUGAACGAGCUUAAGUGCAGCUGGCGGGAGCCUUCCGCUGAACCUAGUCUAAGUUACAGGAACAACCAGAAGCUGCGGAAGCGGCUUGAGGCCCACGUGCUGCUCAGCAGUGAGCAGCUCUUCUUACGUUACCUGCAUCUGCUGGUGACCAUGUCGACCACCAAAGGGGUCUUCACUGAGUCAGCCACUCUCACCCGGUUGGCCGCUAGCCUCGCUAGAGAUUGUACCUUUCUCACCAGUCCAGAUGUUUACCGUCACCUGCUUGCUGACUUCCGGGCUCUGCUGAAGAUAGAGGAGGCCCACGGUGUCGUGGACAAGUUUCGCCCUGUAGUUCCCAUUGGAACUUUCAAGCUCUGCCCAAUCCCCUGGCCUCACAGCACCGGCUUUGCCCAAGUGCCAUGCUCCAGCCUCAACUUGAACUACCUCAUCCAACUCAGCCGCCCGUCAGAGUUUAUCAGUGAGCAGGGACUGGAUCCAGUGAAGGAAUUGAAAUCCAUCCCCCGGCUGAGGAGGAGAAAGCGUCUCCGCUGGCUGCCCUCUGUAAGAAAGGAGAGAGAAAUCGACCUUAGUUCCUCACAGAUUGAGUCACAGCCCACUUACUCCGUGACUACCACAGAUGGGGCUCUCCCCUCCAUGCAACUCUCCUCCCAACUCCGCAGCAGCCAAUCUAUGCCCUCUUUGCGUGAGGGCUGGAAACUGGCUGAUGAAUUGGGCCUUCCUCCACUUCCACCUCGCCCCUUAACUCCAUUGGUCUUGACUGCAGAGAGUAAACCAGAACUGGGUGGGGAUGUCGUAGCUGAGGAUCUGAAGCAGAUGAUGAGGAAAAUGAAACUGGAGUGGACUCGAUACCCAUCACUGGACUCAGGCCUGCCCCCGCUCCUGGGGGUGGUGACCCGCCGACCGGCUGCAGGGCACCGCAUGGAGGAGCUGCAGAGGAUAUUGAAGCGCCUCCAGGAGGAAGAAGCCUCUGGGCAAUGGAACCCCCAGCCCCCUAAAUCCCUUUCACUUCUGCCACAGCCAGUGACCAUUACUUUGAAGUUAAGAAAUAAAGUAGUGAUCCAGGCAGCAGCUGUACAAGUCUCUGACAGAAACUUUUUGGACUCCUUCCAUGUUGAGGGGGCUGGUGUUCUGUACAACCACCUGACUGGUGAACUGGACCCCAACACCAUAGAAGAAAUGGAUGUUGAUCGUUUUGUUGGCAGUAGCACCAAGGAGGUCUACAAGGAGUUGAUGAGCCGUGUCUCUACUGACCAUUUCCGGUUUGACCAAGGACCCCUGGUUGAGCCUGCAGCAGAUAAAGACUGGUCAGCCUUCUUGUCCUCAGCCUUUCUACGUCAAGAAAAACAGUCUCGAAUCAUUAACCCUGAGCUAGCUGGGCUUUACUCCCAGAGAGGAAAUACUUUACAAUCAGAAAGGAUGCCCUCCUUUACCUCACCCCAAGCAAGCAAAAAUUGGGAUAGGCGAUCAAACAAGGCCUCAUGGAUGAACUGGUGGAAAACCACCUUGUCCAUAGAUGACUAUUUCAAGUACCUCACCAACCAGGAGACAGAUUUUCUCCACGUCAUCUUCCAAAUGUAUGAAGAAGAGGUUCCUGUGGAAAUAGUGGCUCCUGUCAAUGAGUCCCUACAGAUUCUGCACCCUCCUCCCUUACUAGAAGAUGAAGAACCAGACUUUAUGCCAGGAAAGUGGGAUUGGAACACAGUACUAGAGCACAGAGUAGGAGCUGAGAAGACCCACCUCCUGGGAGAACCCCACAAAAUCCUAAAUCUACAGAAGCGACUGGAACAACUCUGGUCCAUGCUUGAGGUUCCUCACAAGGACCGGCUAGACAUGGCCAUCAAGUACAGCUCCAAUGCUCGUCUGGGACAGCUACCUUCAUUGGUUAGUGCCUGGGAACGGGCCCUGAAGCCCAUUCAGCUGCGGGAGAUAUUGCUGGGGCGAUUGGAGUGGUUUGAGCGACAAGCCUCUGAUCCCAACCGCUUCUUUCAAAAGACUGACUUGAACCAGAGUUGCUUCCUGGAGGAGAAUCAGAUCCGUAGUCAUCUCCACAGAAAGAUCAACCUAGUGGAAUCUUCUUUGGUUUCCCUCUUAGAGGAGAUAGAGUUCAUCUUUGGUGAGCCAGUGACUUUCAAAGGGAGGCGUUACCUGGACAAGAUGAAGCAUGACAAAGUGGAGAUGCUCUACUGGCUGCAACAGCAGCGGCGGGUUCGCCACCUGCUUCGGGCUCAGAAAAUCUCCCACCAGUCAGUCCUAUUGAGCAGACUCAGCAGCCAGCCAUUAAUAACUCCUGGCAAUACUCCUAUUACUCUUAACCAGGCCAAGUGCCCUCAAGUCCUUCCGUCACCCCCAAGCACUCAGCAUCUCACUCACACCUCUUGACUGCUAUGGAAGAAGAAAUAUGGUUCUCUAUAUUUGGGAGUGUGGACUUAGAAAUAUUGUACAUCCAACUAUGAAGGGACUGAUUUAAGAUUUUUUCUUAUACUAAGGUUCUCAAAAGAAUCUCCAAAUUCAGUAUUCCCAUUUGUGUCAAACCUUACACAAUACAAUCAAAAUAUUAUGUAUCAAAAGAAUUGAAAGUUCAUUGUAAUGGGAAAGGAUGACAGAGACAAACCAUAAUCAUCGGAACAACUCAAUUUAGCAUUCCUGUCACACUACAUUAAAUUAGCUGAUAAGAGCUUCAAAUCACAAGCCUUUGUGGCAUCUUUAAGAGCUGUUCCAUAGGACGUCCAC